AUGGCUCCUCUGCCCCAGCAAUGGAAAAAGCUUCUUUAUUUGAACCAGCCCUUCCCAGACAAUUACACGCCCGACCUGUUUUUGGACCAGCUCAAGCGGAACACCACCGUGACAAAGUACCUGUUUCGCAAACUAUACCACGACUUCAGCCUAGUAUCUUUGUACGCUAGUCUCUUAUUGCUAGUGAAUUUGAACUUUUCGGGUAUUUAUUCUGCUUACUGGCACGCAUGCACUUCAACGUUGGUGAGCACAGCAUUGGCAUUGGUUGGGUUCUUGGUGCUACCGGCGAUCAUAGACAAUGUUGAAAAUGCUGCAGAGAAUGUCAAACUGAACAUGGUGAUUUUGCUUAUGCUUUUGUUGCUUUCGCCAGUGCUACGAUCUUUGACCAAAUCCACGUCUUCAGACUCCAUAUGGGCGCUUUCCAGCGUAUUGACCAGUCUAAACGUGCUUUGCCAUGAUUACGCACUAGAAACGUCUCAAAGCUACAGGGCAGUGAUAUCAACAAACCUCAGUUUUACAAAUGGCAUUGUGUUGGCUUCUCGUCUCCUGCUGUCGAUGGACGCGUUUGUGUUCUUGGUGUUCACCGCAGAAGUGUGUAUUGUCUUUCCCUUAUUCGACCUUAAGCUUCGUGAAAAGCUGUACAAGGCCCACUUUGUCCUCACGCUUUCGAUGUAUGCUGUUGUUGCGUGCAUCAUCUACGUCAUUCAUGGCACAUGGUUCACCAUCGUUUACCUAAUGGGGGUGGUGUUUGUGCUGGUGUGUCUUCCGUGGUACUUCAUGUCGUUGCAAAGAUACAAGAACGAGCUCCAGGGUCCAUGGGACACCGCAAAGCCCAAAAUCAACCCAAAAACGUAA